AUGGACAUCGCGGAUAAGUCCAUUCAACCAAUGCAUUUGGAGGAAGUGGGCGCCGACAUGACUGGGAGCAAGGUCAGAGAACACGGCGAAGAGCAGAACCGCUUCUCACCAAAGGAGAUUCGUCACAUUCGACGCAGGAUCGACUACCGCCUCGUUCCGGCCCUGGGUAUGCUGUUUGCCAUUUCACUCAUGGAUCGGAGCAAUAUCUCUGCUGCUGCGAUUGCUGGAAUGCGGGUCGACUUGGAACUGCUGAGCGGGUAUCGAUACAGCUUGAUCACCCUUUCUUUCUUCAUCACCUAUGUCAUCGUUCAAGCUCCUAUGACUAUUGUCUGCCGUAAAGCCGGGCCUCGCUUUUUCCUUCCAGGAGUCUGCAUACUCUGGGGAGGACUCAUCAUUGGCUUCGGCUUCGUCGGCAAAUGGACGACUCUUGUCGCGUUGAGGCUGAUCCUUGGUUGCUUGGAAGCUGGGUACUUUCCAGGCUGCAUUUAUUUGUUGUCGACCUGGUACACCAGAUAUGAGACCAACCAACGCUACUCUUGGUUCUACUUGAUUUCCGUCGUCGCGGGCGCUUUCGCUGGUGUUCUUGCAUAUGGUCUAAUGCAAAUGGAUGGUCUUGCAGGUAUCGAAGGCUGGCGAUGGAUUUUCAUCAUGGAAGGCGUUAUUACCUGUCUCAUAGCAGGACUUGGAAUGGUGGUGUUGGUGCAAUUUCCCGACCAGGAACGGCAGAGUCCAUCACCUGCGUUUCUCAAAGCCGAAGAACUUGAAUGGGUGAUUACACGGCUUCAAGAAGACCGCCUGGACGUUGAGGCGGAGCCCUUCGCUUGGAGAAGAUUUUUCAAGCCUGCAAAAGAUAUAGAGAUUUGGUGCUUCGCAUUCAUGCAAUUUUGCAUGACCACGACUUCAUACGCAUACACUUUCUAUCUUCCUAUCAUUCUCAGAGAUACCCUCCAUUUCAGCAUCGGGGCGUCCCAAUGCCUUGUCUGUCCACCAUAUGUUGCUGCAGCUGUGCUCAUGUUGUGUACCGCGUGGUACGGUGACAAGCACCACGUUCGAGGGCCCCUAUUGAUCAUGAAUUGCAUUAUUGCUUUGAUUGGUCUGCCAAUCGCUGGCUUUGCUAGAAACCCUUGGGCACGCUAUGUCGGCGUCUUCCUCGCCGUCGCCGCAGUCAACAGCAAUGUACCCUUGAUCAUGACAUAUCAGGUUAGUCGGUUUCCCAAUCUUGCUAGAACAACUCCUGCUACUUUCGAAGCCCUGACUAAGAUGCGAUGGAAGGCGAAUAACAUCCGCGGCCAAUGGAAGCGGGCAUUUUGCUCCGCGACCCUGACCGGCAUUGCUGGGGUUGGCGGUGUUUCAGGUGCCCUCGUCUUCCGAACGCAGGAUGGCCCUGAAUAUGUUCCAGGACUAAUCGCCGUCAUGACUUGUUGUGGCUGUGCCAUAGUUACAUGCCUAUUCCUCAUGUGGUACCUCAAACAUGCCAACAAGAAGGCCGACCGUGGUGAAAUCCUUAUCAAUGACUUGGCUGGAUUCCGAUACACCAUCUAA